CAUCAUAAUUUUUAAAUAUUCUGCUCAUGUAAGCUUUUCCGAUACUGUUAAUCUUGUUGAUGAAAUCGGCCCACUUCAUUAGCCUUUUUUUUUCCUCUAUAAAACCCCUCCACUCCUCUUGCCAUUCUCCCCUACCACAAUCAGGUGAAUCCAAAACAAAAUCCUUCAAGUAUCAUAUCAAGGAUUUCAGCCAUGCUUCCAGGUGAGCUCACAGGUAUUCACUAUCUGGCAGCUGAAAGCCCAAUUCCAUUCGCAGCUAACCUUGGCCUGAUACAGCAGAGCAACAUACCAACCUUCCAUUUUGACAGAAUCUUAAGCAACUUUCACAACCCUACCUUCCCUCAACCUGUCCAUGAAUUCGCCCCUCAGUCAUCAAGUCUCAGCAACAACUCAACUUCUGAUGAAGCUGAUGAAAACCAACUCAGCAUCAUUGACGAAAGGAAGCAGCGGAGAAUGAUUUCCAAUAGGGAGUCUGCUCGUAGGUCGCGGAUGAGGAAACAAAAGCACCUGGAUGAGCUAUGGUCUCAGGUGGUUCGUCUUCGAACGGAGAACCAUAAUCUGAUAGACAAGUUGAAUCAUGUGUCCGAGUGCCAUGACCGAGUUCUCCAAGAAAAUGCCCGGCUCAAAGAAGAAGCUUCUGAUCUUCGCCAAAUGCUUACUGACCUCCAAAUUGGUAGUCCUUUCACUGUCAGUGCUUUAAUAGAUCUCAAAGAGGUCUCCUGCAACACAUCCCAUCUCAGAGCAGAAUCAUCAGACCAAUCCAUCUCAAGUUCUGUAGACCUGCUUCAUUGAAAAGAGACGUUUUUCCAUAAUAACUACUUUAUGUUCCUUCUGUUUGUUGUGGUUGGUAAUCAGUCUUUAACUUCACUUGAGCUUGUAUGAGAUCAGAAAGAGGCUGCAAUAACAGCUCUUAACCAUCUUCUUCCUACUCUGUUAAUAACAGCUCUUAACCAUCUUCUUCCUACUCUGUUUAAUCAUCAUUUCUCACAUUCCAUGAAGAGUCAAAUCCCAUUAAGCAACUUAUUAUAGAUCUUCACGCCAUGUUUGCAUUAGUACAGCUAGCACAGAAAAAAAUAUUGAAAAUGAAAUCCAUCAAUCCAUUAGAGACAAAUCAAAGGCUUAUGUUUGCAUACAACUUUUAAUCAUUUUAAGAACCCCACCAACUUUGAUAAUUUCACCUGAAUUAUCAAUCAUAGACUGUACAUAAAAUGGCACCGGGAGAUGAAAUAUGGAAAUGUAUGCAUGUGUGUGUGUGUGUGUGUGUGUGUGUAUAAUGAUAAUUUAUGAUAUGGAAUAUAUUAUUUCAUUGCUAUAAGAGGAAGUAAAAACUUUCCUCAGGUGUACUAAAAUGUUGUGAAGAAACAAGCAAUUCUUGACAGUGGUUGACCUUGUCUGAACAGGCUCCAUUCAUGGCGAAGCAAAGAGGGAGGUCCCAUAGCCAGUCAGGUAUUGCUUACAUUAGCAGAGGCAAGAAGACAAAUGGUGGUGGGGGUGCUGGUGAUAGUGGCUCAUCAUACAAAUAACUACUACUACAAGGUGCGAAAACAUUUGAAAAGGGUAUCCACUAAUCACCCCCCAAAAUUACUAUUCUUAGCUUUUUGUGUGGCCAUCACAGCCUGCCUAGCUUUGUUUCCCUGAGUUUACUUUGUUUCACCAAUUCUGAUGGCAUCACAGCCUGCCUAUCCUCAGGUGUUGCUUCAAUCUUUUCCUUUAACAUGGCAUAGCCGCUGCAUCAGCAAAGUUGGUCUUCUUUCCUUGCUUACGCAUAUUACAGAUGCAGUUUUUGCAUAAUUUUCUGUUCCUACAGAUGAAGUACAUUACUGAAACAUGUACUAAUUUUAAUCCUCUAGGAUAAGGCAUGCAGUAGUUGCUAUUAUUAUUAUUAUUAUUAUUAUUAUUAUUAUUAUUA